UUUUUUUUUUCCUUGCUUAUCAUAUACCUCUUUCUUUCUUCUUUUCUUUUUAUCCAUUCUUUUACAUUCUUUUCGUCUUUCGAUCCAAGGAACUGCAAUGUCUUCCCACGAACGUUCAAAGUCCACCUCUUCGGCCAGCUUCGACUUGCCUCCAUCUAAUGCGGACUCUUCCUUCAAGAGUCAGCGUCCACCUGCCAUAUCAAUCCCUCCAAGACAACGUUCCAUGUCCACCUCUGUCGUUUUUGCUACCUCUCCUAUUGGACUCAAAAACCCAUCUUCCUAUCCAUUGUUCGGCAACACCAACAACAAUACCACGGCCAUCUCUCCCACAUCUCCUACAUUCUCACCCCCUUCCACUUCGAAUCCUCCCACAUCCUUCGGAACAACCCCGCCAACAGAUCUCAAGAGCUUUUCCAACAGUAUCCCAGCUUCGUUCGGUAGGCGCUUCUCUGCCGGCUUCACCAAUCCUUUGAACAAUCAUUCUUUUGGAGCCUCUGGAUCAACCGGUCCGCAGCAAGAGGAAAGAACCAGAAGGCGAAGUGUUUUCGGCUCCUCGCCUGUGUCGCUUCAAACAAUUAACUUUGAGACCAAGGGAUGGUCACCAACAGAGAGUGGUGCUACUACCGCUCAUACAGGGUCUGAUGGUAAUAAUGGAGUGACUGGAGGAGGUAAUGGUAAUGGUCAUGGCAAUGGCGGCGGUGGCGAUGCCGGAGGAGGAGGAAGAGGAGGUAUUGGAGGAUUGUUCCGCAAGUUCUCCACCAGUCGUGCAAACGGAUCACAUCAUCCUUUUGACACAAACGAAUCCAAUCCUCCCUUUUCAUUGGGUCACCCAGAGAUCAUCAAUAAUACAAAUGCUCAUCAACCACAGAAUCAGCAACAACAGCAGCAACAGUUGGGUAAAGACUCGCGUUCAAGCAGUCCAAUGCGGAAUAUGAUUCUUAAUGGUCAAAUGCUGGAUUAGCUUUUUCACCCUUAAAAAAAAAAUUCCGUCACUCAAACAAGUCUAAGCCUAACAAGUCUAACAAGCCAUGCCUAUGCAAAUGCCCAUGCCUAUGCCAACG